AUGACAAUUCCCCUGAUAACUUCUCACCUGCCACAUACCCAGUCAGUAAGUCUAUCUAUCUAUCUAUCUAUCUAUCUAUCUAUCUAUCUCAGACUGUUCAUAUCUAUCUAUCUAUCUAUCUAUCUAUCUCAGACCGUUCAUAUCUAUCUCUUUAUCUGUCGUAGACUGUUCAUAUCUAUCUAUCUAUCUAUCUAUCUAUCUAUUUCAGACUAUUCAUAUCUAUCUAUCUAUCUAUCUAUCUAUCUAUCUCAGACUGUUCAUACCUAUAUCUUUAUCUGUCGCAGACUGUUCAUAUCUAUCUAUCUAUCUAUCUAUCUAUCUAUCUAUCUAUCAGUCUGUUCAUAUCUAUCUCAGUCUGUUCAUAUCUAUUUAUCUACGAACUCUACCAUCCUGCCGCCAUCGUCACCAGCUCUUAUUUCUACCAACUCCCAUACAAGCCAUUUUGCCUCAGCACCCACCCUGGAUUUUUCCACCGUCCCAAGGUUGGGGGGGGGAUUUUGGUAA